AUGCAACCUGUCAUGGAGACGCCUGGCGCCCUGUACGUCAACAUGGAGAACGUGUCCCCAGCCACGCGCAAGCUUGUGGAGCGCUACAUCAGCGGCGAUGGCGUUAUCGUUGGCUGGGGCUUCUGCCGCAAUGGCGAGCUCGGCACAAACUUCCGCUACAACCUGGUGACGCCAAUGAUGAUUGGCGGUCAUGACAAGCCGAUCCGCAUGGCCUGCGGCGGUCUCUCGUCUGUUUGGCUGGGCGUGCGCAACAUCUUGAUGGCCAUGGGCGGCGGCAUGUGGGGUGAGCUCGGCGUUGGAAACCCGCGCUUCUGCCCGCGUGUGAUCGCGAACGAGGCGAAUAUGCCCAUCUGCCCUGGGCAGGUGGAUGUCAUCCCGUUCACGCAUGACGACGUAGUCGUGGAUGUCGCGGCUGGAUCUGCUUUCUAUGCGUGCGUGUCCCUGAAGGGUAACGUCUUCACAUGGGGCGCAAACAACUGCGGACAGUGCCACCAGGAUCUUAACAACACAUGCUGUGGCUACGGGCAGCUGCGCGUUGUGCCAGACGAGAGUGUAGUGGAAGUGGCGUGCUCCAACUACAGUGUGUUGGCGCGGACCAUAUCGGGCGCAGUCUACGGGUGGGGUGAGGCGACGCUGCUCGGCGACCGCGACGCCGUGGCGGAGAAGUUGGCUGCCGCCGGCUUAGAGUUGGUGCAGUCUCCGCAGUCGGAGUCCCGAGUAGUGGCGCGCGUGCCGGUGCGCAUCGAUAGCCUCGAUGACAAGGACAUCAAGCUCCUCUCUAGCGGUCCCUGGCACUACGCAGCAGUGUCGGCGGACGGCUCUGUCUAUACGUGGGGCAUAGGGAACAGCGGCCGUCUUGGCCACGGUGACCAGGAUGACCACCUGUUGCCGGAGGUGGUGACGGCCAUGAAGGGUAAGCGUGUUGUCGACGUCGCCUGCGGCUCCUUCCACACCGUCUUCAUUACUGACGACGGCAAUGCCUACGCCUGCGGAGAUAAUCAGGGUGACCAGUGCGGUGUAGUGGGCGAGUACUCGGUGCCGGCACCGACCAAGAUGAACAUCACGGGUGGGCGCAAGGUGAUUCACGCUAGCUGCGGCCGCAUGCACACCACGCUCCUGCUGAACAACGGCGACACUGUCGUCUACGGAACAGGGCUUGGGCUGGGUGUCGGUAUUGGCUACGGCAUGCGUAUGGUGCGCUGCCAGGCGAUCUUGGAGAACUACACCACCCUUUGGACGAAGAGCGGGCCAACGCACGGGCUGUCUCUGACAAUCCCAAAGAACACAACGAUGCUUGUGCUCGGUGUUCCCCACCGCGGCGUACCCGUCUCGGUCACCUCCAUUGGGCUUAAGGAGGGCAUCUUGUCCUGCGGCGUUGGCGCGGGCUUUACCCUGAUGAUUAGUCGGCGCGGCAGCUGCUACUCCUUCGGCGUCGGCGGGUGGGGGCAGCUCGGCUUUGACACGGCACAGGCGAAGCACUUUACGCAGGACCGUGUACCCGUGUACCCGCAGGCGACGCGCAUCGGCUUCUUUUCCCGUACCAUCAUCACGUCCGUCGCGGCCGGCUUCUCUUUUUCAAUGGCUAUCACUGAGGGGGAGCGGGUCUUCGCGUGGGGCAACAACAGCUUUGCCCAGUGCGGUCUCGGCGUUGACCCGAAGAAGUACCAGCGCAUUUCGCAACCUCGCGAGAUUACUUGGCUCGCCGACAAGGAGAUCGUCCAGGUGUCAUGUGGCAGCUACUUUGCACUAGCUCUCAGCGCGUCCGGCCAGGUGUACAGCUGGGGCACGAUCGAAUGCUGUGGCGUAGGACUGGAGCCGGAUCCGAAGGUCGUCCCGGCACACAUGAUAAUGCGCAACGUCUCUGGCGAAACCCGUGGUGUUGUGCUGUCACCGCUGCUCAUCGACAGUCUCAAGGGUAUCAUUCAAGUCGCCGCCGGCGGCUGGCACGGGAUGGCGCUCAACGCCAUUGGCGAGAUCUACUCCUGGGGCAUCGGGACAGGUGGGCGACUGGGCACGGGUGACUGCGACCACUACUACACCCCGGUCCGCAUCACACACGGCGCCUUCUUCACCCGCAUCGGCUGCGGCUGCUACACAAGUUACGGCAUCGACGACAACGCGAGGCUGUAUGUGUGGGGCGUCAACGACAAGAACCAGCUCGACACGUUGGGUAGCAAGGUGGUGACACCGACGCCGGUGCUGGAGAAUGUGCGGGAAGCGUGCCUCGGGAAGUACUUCUCGCUGGCGCUUACGCACAAUAACACGUUCCACCUCUCCGGUGUGAUGGAGUUCGACUCCGCCUCAUACGUGAGCAGGUCCUUCAAUGACAUUGACAGUUUGCCGGAGACGUUGAAGCCAGAGAGCAUACAAGCAGAGGACUUACGUGGGCUGAAGCUGUUUGGCGGUCUGGAGCAUGUCAUUGCGCUGCUCGAGAAAGACCCGAUUCCAGAGGCCGUCGUCACGGAGGCAAUAGUGGGGAUGCGGGAGCAGCCCGAACGACUGGUGCGGAAGUACGCCGCGCAGCUGCGGUGA